AUGGCAAAGGCGAAACUUGGGGAGCCAACUCCAGCGCUCGAAAGCACUCCCAGUUUCGAAGGUCGGCUCAGGCUCAAUCAGUUCAUGUACACCAGCUCUGAUAAUGAGGCCACCUCCUUGCGGCGUAGUUCACGCUUGGUGACACCUAUCUCGAGCACCAUAUCCCAAGCGCGGUCUCCCAGAGCGUCGUCCAAGACGUCGUCACCUGCCCCGCGGCCAAUCAAGCGCAAGCACGGAGGCCCAGGCGAGGGGGCCGGCGAAAGCAGCAACCCAGACACAUCAUCCCAAACCUCGACACCAUCGCCGAAGAAAAAGCGUAGCAAUCGGCCAAAGAGCUCGUACGCGCCCCCCUCGACGUAUGCGCACCUGCCAUUGCUACCCGACGUCCUGGGACCGGACCUACUCAUCCUGUUCGUGGGUCUGAACCCAGGAAUCCAAACCGCAAGGUCGGGGCACGCGUACGCUCACCCAUCGAACCUUUUCUGGAAGUUGCUGUUUUCUUCGGGCAUCACGCCGGUGCCGUGCCGGGCUGAGGAGGAUGGCACGCUGCCCGAACGCUUUGCCCUCGGCAACACCAACAUUGUGGCACGUCCCUCACGCAACGGUGCCGAGCUCAGCCGAGCCGAGAUGGAUGAGGGAGUCGCUGUCCUGGAGGACAAGAUUCGAAAGUGGAGACCUGAAGUGGUUUGCAUUGUAGGGAAAAGUAUAUGGGAGAGCAUUUGGAGGGUUCGAAAAGGCAGAGCCAUCACCAAAGCCGAGUUCCGGUACGGGUGGCAGGACGAGACGGAGGAUAUGGGUAUUCCGGGGCAGAGCAAUGGGAAAGAUGUCGAGACAAGCGACUUGAAAGGGGCAAGAGUCUUUGUGGCGACAAGUACAAGUGGCCUAGCAGCGUCCUUGAGGCCGGAAGAGAAGGAAAGGAUAUGGAAAGAACUCGGUGACUGGUGCAAAGCACGGCGAAGAGAAAGGCAAGCCGAAGAUCUGACGAAUGAAUAA